AUAACAAGAGGCCAAGUUCCCCUUUUGAAAAAUUUGGUUGUCAUCGGGAAAGCACACUUCAACCAGACUAAAGGCAGGAUCUGGGCUGAUCCGACCCGCUUGCUGGCCUCUGUUUUUUUUUCCCUCUGCUCCAGCUUACGAUGCCGUUUAGGACGCCCUCUAAAUACCCUAAAACCCUUAUCUCUCACUAAAAACGCUAACUCCCUCGGCUCUCCGCCGUUCCUGACGCCGGCCGUUGGGGAAAAAGCGCUCUGUCUUUUCCUCUCUCUCCUCUAUCUUUCUAGCCAUUUAUUUUUUUCCCAAAAUAUUUCUUUUUCCCAAAAUAUUUCUUUUUCCCAUAAGAAGGACUACAAACUGAAAUCCCUUCCCCACACUUCUGGUGGCCGUCUCCGUCGCCGUCGCCUUCAUAACAGGAACCAUUCAGUAACUUUGAAAAAAAAAUUGUAAACGGCGAGUUUGACUGGAUAAGAAAUCCUUUUUUGUUUUGUUUCCUCCCACAAUGGAUUCUAAAUUGGAAUCUGGAAGUUCAACGGCAAACAUAUACAUACCAGAAGAGUGGUCGGAGGCUGCAGACUCCAUAGCCUAUGAUUCAGUGACUUCGCCACCUCCUAUUGCUUUCAUCUGUGGUGCCAAAAACUCUGGAAAAACCACUUUCUCUCGUCUCCUCCUUAACAUUCUUCUCCAAAGGUACCAAAAAGUAGCUUAUUUGGACGCAGAUGUUGGGCAGCCUGAGUUCACUGCUCCAGGUUUCCUGUCCCUUACGGUUGUUGACAAACUAACCGCAGAUUUGGCAAUCCCAUGCUUGAAGACACCUGAGAGGUGUUUUUUCUUUGGUGACAUUUCUUCAAAAAGGGACCCAUCAGCAUACUUGAAAUAUGCAUUUACCCUCUAUGAUUACUAUCGAAAGGAAUACUGCACUUUUGAUGAGAGUGAACUUGCUGGUAGGACUGAAUUGCCCCUUGUUGUCAAUACCCCUGGCUGGGUGAAAGGUAUUGGUUAUGAGAUAUUGGUGGAUAUGCUGAAAUACAUUUCUCCUACUCAUGUCGUUAAGAUAAACAUAUCUGUUGGGAGUAAGAAUCUGCCAGGUGGAGCAUUCUGGUUGGAUGGUGAUUCUGAUGGGAUGGUUAAUAUCAUAGAGAUUAAAUCAGCUUGCCAGGACUCCUUAAAUAGAUCAGUUCUAGUACAGAAGGAUGCUCGCCUUUUGCGGGAUUUACGGAUAAUGGCUUAUUUUAGGCAGAUUUUUCCUAAUGACAAGCCUAUUACUACAAUCAAAGAACUUGCAUAUGCACUUACUUCUCAUUUUCCUUAUGAAGUUCCAAUAUCAAGUAUCAAAAUCAGACAUCUUCAUUGCCAGGUCCCAAGCACUGAAAUUUUCUACAGUUUGAAUGCAACUAUUGUUGGCUUGGCUGUUAGUUCAGAGGAGUCUGAAAGUUUACCCUGGUGUGUUGGUCUUGGAAUUGUGAGAGGAAUUGACAUGUUCAAAGGUUUGCUCUAUAUGAUCACUCCUGUUCCACAGAGCACUCUGGAGAAGGUCAAUCUUUUGCUGCAGGGGUAUAUUCAAAUUCCUACUUGCUUGUUGCAGGUCAAGGGAUGCAGAUCACCUUAUGUAUCUUCAAAUGUUCUGCCUACAAGCUAACCGGAUAGUUCUACUAACCUGAAGAGUCAUUUUCAUCAAAUAUCUGUCAUCAGUCUUCAACUAAUUAAUAUUCCAAGCUUGCUUAUAUCGGCACUGUUGUCAUAAGGCAGUGGCCAGUUUGUGACAUUGGCUGGCUUCUAUAUUUGGAUUGAACUAACAGGGAAUUAGCUCUCAUAGUUUUUUCACUAUCGAAAAUUUGACAAGAUACCACAUAAUACUUGCACUAUGUUUAAUAGGAGGGUAAGAUGGAGGCCUUUCCUUUUUUCUUUCCUCACUUUUUGCCUUGUAUUUUCCUUCAUUCCUACCAAACACACUAUAAGGAGGCAGGGGAUAUCUUGUAUGGAAAGAUAUGCAUGCUAAUUGCUGCAUUCAUGCAUAUCUACCAAACAUACUAAACGUUAAACACAUUCAUAUCUUUAUGAAAAGUUGGGCUCUUCUUACUGAUGUCGAAAUAUUAGUCAUACUGUAAGGGGCUGUAAUUAUUUGAGUAAGACAUCAGUAUGCAAAGCUGGUUUAUGGAUUUUGCUUUCCUUGUAGAUCAAACUGUAUAUCUAAAUGCCAAACCAGCCAUUUGUAUAUAUCAUAAUGCAAAACCAACAAAGCUGCUUUAUGGA